AUGUUGGCUUGUUCACGAGGCUUUUCUGAAGCAUUAGAAAGACUUUUUGUAGAACAAUAUCUACCGACCAUGCCAAAAAAAGUCGAGGAGUGCGCACAAAGUAACCUCGCGCAAGCAACGAGUUUAACCAACAUUCUUAACGAUGACACUGUUAAAGAAUAUGUUGAUCAAUGUCAAAUACAGAAAACCAAAUGUUUGAAUGGAGAAUUCGGUAAAACACCGCAGUUUUGGGCAAAGUAUAUGGAGCUUGUUGAUCGUCAGCAGAAAUUGCACUUUUCCGUCAAUACGAAUGAUUAUGACCUGAGAAUGCUCAUUUGGAAAGAAUCUUUGCCUUUGUGCUUUGCUACCAAUCGGGUUCAUUAUGCUCGCUAUGGCACAUAUUAUGUAAGUGGUUUAGAAUGUAUUGACAGCACUCAUCCAGGAGCAAGACAGGAGAUCGAAGAUCUUGGUUUGUCGGUGCGGAGAAAUCAACUUGGCAUAGGACAGUCAAUCGACAUGGCAGGCGAACAAAGCUACAUGAGAAAUGCAAAGACUGCAGGUACAUACUUCAUACUCAUGAAUUCAAAAAGUAAUAAUCUUAAAUAUUUCAGCCAUGCAUCUCCUGAAACAAUAUUUCCUUAUAGGUGGCAACCGUCGUACAUUUAUACUUGAUAUUUAUUACCAUUCUCCGUCUUUUUAGGGGGAAUCACGCAAUUUGCUGCAAAGGAAAGUACUGUAACAAAGUGGGUCAUGAACAGGCCAUACCAAACCAAGUUUGUUGAAUCGUUACUGGAGCUAUCCGGAGUGUGCACUACAAUGUCAAAUCCACGAAAAUGUCUGCGAAGCAGUGAAAUUCUGAAGUCGAAUAAGAUGGUGGAAGGAAUCAUGGUGGUAUUGAAGACACAAUUCAUCAAUCCCUUCCAUGCUGACCUUGAUAAAGAUAAGUUGUUCAAUUUGAUUUCCGGGUAUCCAGCUCCAGAGAACGUGUGUGAAUGUCUACUUGCACUUGAAUCGAGGGGAAAGGAGCUAAUGGACGAAUUUCAGGACAGAAUUACCACAGAGUCAGCAGAAUCACCUGGAGCAGAUUUCUUUAGCCCAAUCAAGAGAGAGAAGCUCGAGACCUUCAAGAAUUUGGCAGUAAAGACCAAGAUAAAGAACAAGGGAAGGAUCAAGGAACUCACAUAUCGGAGAGAUAUCUUGGGGAUGUUAGUUGCGUAUUCUAACAAGCACGAGUCAGGUAUUGAUCUUGAGAAAGUACUCUGCUUUCCUCUUGCACCCGUUUCGAUCCCGCCAUGCACACCAGAUGGCGCAAUACGAAAAACCGUCAAAAGCAAAUUGUACCACGCCUCCAUGAGCGACCUGACUGUUGUAAGCCACGACUCACUACCACCCGCUUCGACAAUGAGAACAUACUUGUUAGAUCUCGCCGCUGCGAUACGUAGUCUGAUCUUCACUGGAUCUACGAUUAGAGAAAUGACAUCUCAAAUAAUAGCCACUGUUCCUUCUCAGUACACGACUAUCUACAUCAUGGCCAGAAAUCACGGACAGUCAGCUGUUUUAAUUGCGGGCGCAGAAACUGUUCCCACGCGCGCGUGA